AUGCCUUGGAGGAAUGGCAGUACAGGAGCACAAACAAAUGGAGGUGCCGUGGAGGACACACGGUUGGCUUUCGAGUCACACCCGGGCGGGGUGCAUCUCUUUAAUGUGGAAAAUGUGGAAGUACUUGACCAACGAGCUAGGUGUUUGUUAAUGGUUGAGUGCGGCAAGAGACGGAGGUCUCGGCCCAAAAGAGGGAAAGGAAUACAACUUUGA